AUGUCUCUCGAACUUCUCAAGGCAGAAUACUUGAAACUCGGUCAUAUGAAACAGGUGGACGUUCACCCAAACGAAGACAUAACAUACUACCUACCGCAUCACUGCGUCUUCAAGAAUCCCAAUCAGCCAUCGAAGAUUCGAGUGGUAUUUGAUGCCUCGUGCAAGAGCGAUGUCGGCACGUCUCUAAACGACAUGUUAUGGGUUGGCCCUGUCAUUCAAGAAGAUUUGAUGUCCAUCGUGAUGCGAUUCCGUACGUAUUCGUAUGUGCUUGUCGCGGACAUCGUCAAGAUGUACCGUCAAGUAUUGGUGCACCCUUCGCAAACAUCACUACAGAGAAUACUGUGGCGAGCUGAUCCAAUGGCAGACGUCGAAACAUAUGAAUUGGCCACGGUCACCUAUGGUACGUCAUCAGCUUCAUUUCUGGUAACUAGGUGCUUAAAACAUCUGGCAGAACAAUACUCAUCAAGGUACCCAUUGGCUUCAAAAUGUAUCAGCCGUGACUUUUACGUCGAUGACCUUUUGACCGGAGCGGACACGAUUCAAGAAGCGGCAUCCAUACGAGAUCAGACAAUUCAACUACUGAAAAAGGGACAAUUUGAGCUUGACAAGUGGGCUUCAAACUGUCCACAAUUGUUAGAGUCAUUAAACAAUAAAAACUGCGAACCAAUAAACAUUGACGACGGCGUUAGCACACACAUCCUAGGCAUACAAUGGAAUCAAGCAUCCGACACGUUUCAUUUUUCUUACGAACCCGGGGAGGGUCAUGCUAAGAUAUCUAAGCGUACUAUAUUGUCAGACAUCUCCAAGCUGUUUGAUCCACUAGGACUUCUUGGUCCAACCAUUGUCAUUGCCAAACUAAUUUUGCAGGAAUUGUGGCGUUCUGACGUUCAGUGGGAUGAGUCAGUACCGCAAACCAUACACUCUCGCUGGUUAACAUUUAAAUCGCAGCUUGAGGAGUUAAACCAAUUGUCCAUCCAACGAUGCGUUAAACCUGGUACGAGUCGACAACACAUGCAGAUACACGGCUUCUGUGACGCAAGCAAGGACGCCUACGGAGCAUGUGUAUACAUUCGAACGGAGACCAGCCCCAAUGACUAUCCCCCUCGCGUGGGCCACCUUGACGUG